AUGUACUUCAUCACUAUUAUCUCAUUUGUUUGUAUUAUUUUUAUUAAUCUUACAUUCGAACAAGGUCCAGGUUCAUUUGAAGUUCGCGAACAUAGUCUUAGCCGUCCAUAUGCUAAUGUUUUUGCUACUUCUCAUUCAUAUUGGCAGUUAACUGGUAAUACAUUAGUUACAGAUCGAUAUAUUCGUUUAACAUCUGAUGCACAAAGUAAAGCUGGUGGUUUAUGGAAUACGGUACCUGUUAGUUAUUCUGAUUGGGAAAUGCACGUUAACUUUAAAGUUCAUGGAGGUGGUACGUCUUUGUUUGGUGAUGGAUUUGUUAUUUGGUACGUUAGAGAUCCAAAAUUAACUGGUCCUGUUUUUGGUUAUGCAGAUCAUUUUAAUGGAUUAGCUAUUAUCAUGGAUACAUAUUCCAAUAGAAUCGAUAAUUAUAAUCAUAUUUAUCCAUAUAUAUCCGCUGUAAUAAAUAAUGGUUCACUUCAUUAUGAUCAUGAUCGUGAUGGUGCAGAUUUAAAUAUAGCUGGUUGUGAAGCAGCAUUUCGAGGUCGUGAUAUAGAUACUCUUGUUGCUAUACGUUAUCAAAACAAUCGUUUAACUGUAUCUACUGAUAUUGAUGGAGAAAAUACUUGGAAAGAAUGCUUUUCAAUUGAUAAUAUUCAAUUACCAACAUAUUAUUAUUUUGGUUUUUCAGCUGCAACUGGUGAACUUAGUGAUAAUCAUGAUAUUAUAUCAGUACAUACAUAUCAAUUAGAUUUAAGUGAACAAAGACAAAAAGAAGAUCGUAAAAAUAUAAUACCAUCAGCUCCUUCAGCUCAUAUGGGACAGAUAGAUGAUGAUACUGCAAAAACAUCAAAAUGGUCGACAUUAAAAAUAUUUCUUCUUGUUUUACUUUUGAUAAUUCUUUGUUUAAGUGGUAUUGGUGCUUUUUAUUAUAUGAAACAACAUCGAUAUCAUAGCUCAAGAUUAUAUUAA